AUGAAAUGGUAUCCAUUUCCACCAUCGGUUCUUCCACUUGGUGGCACCCCAGAUAUGUUUGUUCGCACCGAAGAUACUCGUGCGCUGAUCUUCGUCAUGAGUAAUAAAAUUGAUGAUACACUUUGUUAUUCUAUAGGCUCUGCUUACCUGAGCGGGCUGCCCGUAGUCGUAGCCGGUUAUGAUAUGCCGUAUCAUGGGUAUCUGUCUAAGUUUGACUUCCUAGAAAAGGCCAUCGAGAAUUUGAAGUUGAAACAAAAUGAAGUAAUCAUUGUGAUGGAUUCAGACACAAUUUUCACUGGUAUGGAUUUGAAUCCACUCCUCGAUCGUUUCGUCGAGCAGUCUGCGGCAACGCCAGAGGAGCUAGACGCGUUGGCGGUUCGGCAAGGUCGUGCGAUGGCCCCAUUCAUUGUUUCCGGUGAGAUUGCCUGUUUUGCACCGUAUGUAUUUAAUAAUUUGAGCGAAUGCAGGCCUGGCUUUCAAGUUGUCUAUAAUAAGGUACGUAAGUAUGCUGCUGCACACCCCGAGCAUAAUAUUCCGUUAACUUUUGACCUAUCACCACAACACCACCUAAACUCAGGUGUGGUGAUUUCCCGUGUGUGGGCGUACAGGGAGUUCUUGCAGAAGGCGAUGAAUUUAACAAAAACAAUAAAACCACGAACAAAGGAUAAAAAUAUAUGGGCAUGUGAUCAGUCCGUUUAUAUAGAACUCUACAUAGAUCUCAUAACAUUAGAAGUUGAGAAAGAUGUUUUCUCGAUGCCGAUACAUCUGCGACAGGCGUUUCGGUCCACCUACGGUAUACGUGCAGGAUUAAUGGGGUUAGACUACGUCAACGUUCUUGCGUUUUCUGGUUUGGAGGCAGUUCUAUUUUCAUCCCAGAUGCAUAAUGAACACUGGGCGAAGUACCUGCCAUUGAAUAGACUCAAGUACUCACACACACAGGACAUGACGAAUAUCGUGAGUGAAACUCGGUUUGUGAACGAUCUUUACUGGCGAACGUACGCCGCACACGGUAAAAAAGUUUACACCAAUCGGGCGAUGCCCAAAUGGGUUGGCAUUAAAACGAAUCGUUUGAACGUCACCCUCGCGCCGCCGCUGUUUGCGCUCAGACCAAGGCCCAUUGACGUGGUCAGCAACGAAGUGCGUCGAACGUUCCCGAUCAUUUUCCACGCACCAGGGGUCAAGCCAGGUUUUUCAAAGGUGAGCCUACUGGAGCGCGGCGCUAUCAGCGCGCAGUGGUUAGUACCGAUGGUGUAUGAUUCAAAGGAAAAACGUCAUGGCAUGGAACACCUAGCAUCCGCGCCGUUGUUUCUGUCAACGAAUUCAUCCAUCAUUCGAUAUUCCUACAGCGCCAAAUGCGGCUUUCCAUAUGAAGAAACAAUUGCAAACAUAAAAAAAACUUUGGACUGA